AUGUGUGAUACAUCAAUAAUAAAAGUUUCAUCUAAAACAGCUCCAGUUGGAGAAUUAGGACAAAAAUAUUUGGCUUGUGGAAAAUCUCUUUCAAUGCGAAUGUGGGAUGAAGAAAAAGGUGACAAUAAAGAAAAAGGUUUAACAGCACGAGAUUAUGAAACAGUUGGUUAUGUUAUAUCAGGAAAAGCUGAAUUACAUUUUGAAAAUGAUCAAAAAGUUUUACUUUCUCAAGGAGAUUCAUGGAUUGUACCUAAAGGUUCAAAACAUACAUAUAAAAUAAUUGAAAAUUUUACUGCUGUUGAAGCAACUCAUCCACCUGCUGAAAUUAAAAAUAGAGAUGCACCAACUACACAUUAA